CAGUCCAUCCGUCCACAGCUGCCUCCUCCAGCAGCCGAGGACAGAUCCCAACUUUUAAAGUGCCAUAGAAGUUCUCUCCCCCCCUCCAGCACCCGGGAAGCGGCCUCGCCUGCAGCAGCGGGACGCAUGGACUCCUGACUGCGCCCUUUCGCCUCUAUUUGCUUCUUGUUUUUGGAUCCCCCCCCCCAACCCCAACCCCAACCCCCACCCGCCCUCGGUUCUCGUGGUCCGCUCAUGCGUCCGGGAAUGCCAUGGCGGCUCCGAGCGCACAGCAGCAGCACCAGGACUACUUCAGGUCGGUGAGCAGCGAGUCCACCACCUACAUGAUGGUCCCGGCCGGCGGGCCGAGCGGGACGACGCGCCGGGACGCGCCGUCCAAGAUGUGGGUGGCGAUGGUGGUGAUCGUGGUGGUGGUGCUGCAGAUCGCCUCCACCACGGAGCUCUUCCUCUACCUGAACAUGUCCAUCUCGCAGGUGCGGAGCCAGGGAGUCACGGAGGAGCUGAAGUGCCUGAGUCUGCUGAACAAUCCGUUGUACAAGGACCGGGACAUCCCCGACCAGCUGACGCAGAUCUUCGGAGAGCCCUGCAUGAAACUGGCCGAGGGCAUCAACGCGUACAUCUCCAAGGUGACGGAGAACAUCAUCUCCAAACAAUCCUUCAUCGAAGCCAGGACCAUGCCGCACUCUUUCAACAACUCAGGGUCAAAGUUCAUGACCUCGGCGGCUCAGCGGCCGUCGGCCCACUUGACCCUCAGAGACACCGGCUCUCAAGCAGGGUUCCCUCCCUACGCGAUCCCCGCGCCGGACCUCCACCAGUCCUGUCGUCACGUGGUGCGCACGUGGGCCAAUCAGAGCUUCGGGGCGCACCUGCACAACAUGAGCCUGGCCAACGGGAAGCUGCGGGUGCCCCAGGACGGGCGGUACUACCUGUACUCACAGGUGUAUUUCCGUUACCCGUCCCCGGCAGCCAGCGAAGGAGACCAGCACAGCGUCAGCCACCAGCUGGUGCAGUGCGUCUACAAGAAGACCUCCUACCCGAGCCCCAUACAGCUCCUGAAGGGCGUGGGGACAAAGUGCUGGUCCCCGGACGCCGAGUACGCCCUGCACUCCGUCUACCAGGGGGGGCUGUUCGAGCUGAGGGCCGGCGACGAGCUCUUCGUCUCCGUCUCCUCCCCGAACAUGGUCAACGCCGACGACUCCUCCAGCUACUUCGGCGCCUUCCGCCUGGACCUCUGAGGGGGGGGGGGGGGUCUCACGGGCCUCCAGAGAAUCCUUGGACUCCUCCGGAGGGAGCUUGGACGGAUGGGACGGAGGACGGAGGGAGCGAAAAGGAGACAAAAAGACAGGAAACUAAAAAGGUGCGAGUGGAUUCGACGGCUCACUCUGCGCCGACUUUUCCGUUUAGCGUCUCAAAGGCCCAAAAGAGACCAGAGUUUAAAAAAGAAACCCGAAAUAAACGUGAAUGUGAGCUUCUUUGGUGGGAGGCAGUCUGAGACCCCUCCCCCCUCCUCCCACGCUCUCCCCCCUCGAAUUUGGAAUCAAGACCGAAGAAUGUACGCGUUGUCCGCAUGGAGGACGUGAGGACGGACGAAGGAAAAGCUGCAGAAAGUCAAACGAUCAAACCAAAGCGAAAACAAACGUGAAUUUUACUCUUGUUGCUUUUUCUUCUUUGUGGCUGUUGAACUGUUGUGCGAUUCUCACAUUAAAACCACUCGGAUUUCGCCGAAGACUUUAUGGAAACACGAGACGGGUGCAUUCUGACCGCGGAGACGCUUUAUCGCCGCGGAGACGGCGCGUCUCGUUGGACAGAAAAGGAGGCGGGAGGAGAAGAGGCGGCGUGCAGCCCGACCGGCUGCGUCCGCUCGUCUCCUCGGCCUUUUCUUCCGCGGCGUCGAACACGCCGUCUUCGUGCUCGCCGUGAUUGGAAGGACGGAACUCGCAGAGCUCCGUUUGGACAUUAAAAUAAGCUCGCCUAAAGGUCACCUGGCGCCUCCAACGGGAGUCAGCCGCGAAAAGGGCGCCGCUGAACGUGGAAAAGGUCGCCGGAGGGUUAAAAAAGUGCACAAAAACACCACGAUAACAUCUGGAUGCAACAGAGAAGCUCGUCAUGUCUCGAGAGUUGAUCUGUUCAUCGGCACAGGGCACAGCUAGCUUAGCUUAGCACAAACACUGGAAGCGGAGGGAAACCGCUAGCCUGCAGGAGGAUUCUGUCACUCGCUAGCCGGGCUAGCCGUUUGUGCUAAGCUAACUGUCUCCUGGCCUCGAAGGUUGAGGGGGGGUGGGGAGGGGGUUAAUCUACACAACCGCAUUAAAAAGGUUGUGUUGGACACACAAAGGAAGACACACACACACACACGCACAUCAUCCCACGUAGCAUAAAACACACACUGACGUACGCACACCGCCGUGCGCCAUCUGGUAGUUGUCAGUUCGGAGGCAUGCGAGUGUGUGUGUGUGCGUUCAAAGGGCUCAGACGCUUCAUAACACACACACAUUGUGUAUUUGUUUUCCCUGAGAGAGAUAUUCUCCACACAUGUGUGUGUGUGUGUGUGUGUGUGUGAUCUACAGUGUGCGUUUGAUUCAGCGCUCCAGAGAAACGUUGUAUAUUUUCAUGCGUCGGGCACCAAAUCGGAGGCAAAAUCUCAUUUAGUUUGAUUGCUUUUUUUUUUAAGCUGCUAUUUCUUGUGUGUUUUUUGUGUGUCUGCUGCGGUCGCACGCACCUGCUCUCGUGUUUUUUUGGGGGGGUUUUAAACUCACACUCUCGACCCGCAGCGACAGAUCGCCGAGAACAGAGCCGUGGCAGCGAAGCGACGUUGCACACAGACACACACAGACACACACAAAGACACACACGCACGCGCGCGCCAGCUGGCAACACUUUUGCAUUGAAUGUGUCCGUUUGUACUGGAUGGUUUGUGUAGCUGUGAAUAUGUGUGGCACAUUGUUGCUGAGAAAAUAAACAAAAUAUUUGAACCUCC